AAACCAUGGAUUUUACUUCUUCGAAGUUGCUCCGUAUACACCCUUCCAUGUCGAUUCUUCGGUGAAUUCGUUUGGAUUUCAGCAUUCUGGUCUCGAAUGGAUUUCUGGGUUUCUUUCAAAUCCAUUUCAGAUGUUGGUUUCCAGUUAUUCUACCUCUCCGAUUCGACGGCUGAGGGGACCGCCAACAAGAUCUUUGAGGAGGAGAAUGAGCAGAAGAGCAAAAGCUGCGGCUAAGCCUGUGUGGGAUGAAGCUCAAUUUCAGAGGGCUAUUUCCAAACUCCUGCCCAGGUUCGUUCACUCCUGAGGAGCUCUGCAAUGUCAUUACUUUAGAGGAUGACCCUUUGGUAUGUCUUGAGUUGUUUAAUUGGGCCACUAAACAGCACCGGUUUAGGCACAAUGUUUCCUCCUUUCAUAUUACUAUAAAGAAGCUUGGUGCUGCAAAAAUGUAUGAAGAAAUGGAUAAUGUUGUUGAUCAAGUGCUUGCUAUUCGUUCCCUGGGCACUGAAGCUCUUUACAAUGCCAUGAUUUAUUAUUUUACAGAAGCUCGAAAAUUGACUAGGGCUGUGAAUAUAUAUAAGCACAUGAUGGGGAAAUUGGAUUGUAGGCCGUCUAUUACGACUUAUAAUAUCCUUUUUACGGCAUUGUUGAGUAGGGGAAAAGAAUUCGUACAUCAAUUACAUGGGUAUGUGUUAUUGUUGCAUGUCAACGACGCCCUUAGGUUAUUUCAUCAGCUGGGCGUUGUUUAUAGUUGCCUGCCUGAUUCAUUUUCGUAUAAUUACUUGAUCCAUGGGCUUUGUGCUCAAGGAAGAACCAAUAAUGCCAUGGAGCUAUGUGUGGAAAUGAAGGAGAAGGGAUUCAUUCCAAGUGUUAAAUCUUACAACUCCACGGUGAACUCUUUGGCUCUAGGUGGGGAGUUAGAUCAAGCCGUGAAUUACUUAUGGGAGAUGAUUGAAAACCAACGAUCAGUGGAUUUUAUAACCUACCGGACUCUGUUUGAUGAGAUAUGUCGCCAAAACAGGGGGGAAGAUGCCAAGGAUUUACUGGAGAAGUUGCAAGAGAAGCGCCUACUAGGUGAGGGUACUUAUAGGGACCUUCUGCACGGGAUUGAAGGAAAUUUUAGGAGCUCAUGGUUCGGAGCUCGAUUCAGGAUAUUCAAAUUCUGGUUAUUGAGAGAAAGGAGCAAAAUGGAGGAACAUACAGAUUCCAGUAGACCAAGGGCAGCAAAAGAAGCUGGAAUGCAGAAGCCAGUCGUCAAAAUAUGGCAAUGUUUACAGGAGUUGAGAGCGAGUUGCGCUUGUCCAAAAGAUCUCAUAUUUAAAGCCAUGAAACAAGUUGCUUUGCAUAAGAAUUUGUGA